CAUUGACAUUAUUGAUUUGACAUUUGCUAGGUUGAUGGAUGCCUAACCUCUCACAUCAAUUAAUUUCUACAUUCAUCGAUCAUAUUUUAUCUAAAUCUUAGUACUUGCAAUACAUUAAAGUACGAUUUAGUUCAGUUGUGUUGUAAGGUAUAAAUUUAUAUCGAGUAAAUAUGUGAGUUGGCCACGUUCAAGUUACUAACCUUACUUCAAUCACCAGCAAGUUUUACUGUUAUACGAAUUAUACCGCUGACGAAAUGAAGUGUCAUUACGAAGUCCUAGAGGUAUCCCGAGAUGCCGACGAAGCGGAGAUAAAGACGGCUUACAGAAAGUUGGCGCUGAAGUGGCACCCGGAUAAGAAUCUGGACAAUGUGGACUUUGCGAAGGAGCAGUUUCAAAUAGUUCAACAAGCCUACGACGUAUUGAGCGAUCGACAAGAGAGGGCCUGGUACGAUAAUCAUAGGGAACAAAUCAUAAGAGGGGCGAGUUCCGAAUUCGAAGAUAAAAGUUUGGAUGUGUUCCAAUAUUUUACUGCGACUUGUUUUAAAGGAUACAACGACGACGAGGACGGUUUUUAUACAGUAUACAGAGACAUUUUUGAGAAAUUGGCGAAAGAGGAUAUGGAAUUUAUGGAUGAUAAGGAAGAAUUUUGUAAUAUUCCCAGUUUCGGUUACUCAGAAAGCAGCCCUGAAAACGUCUCAGAAUUCUACGCGUACUGGCUUAAUUACUCAACGAAAAAAUCGUACGUUUGGUUGGACCCCUACGACAUAAAAGAUAUCCGUGACAGGAGAUAUAUAAAAAUGGUAGAAAAGGAAAAUAAGAAAAUAAGGCAGAAGGCUAGAAAAGAAAGGAACGACGAGAUUAGGGCGUUGGCAGCUUUUGUAAGAAAAAGAGACAAACGCGUGGUGCAACAGAAAAAAUUACAAGAACAAAAAUUGUUGGAAAACAAAAUGAAAAGGGAAUCGUUGAACAAACAAAAACGAUUAGAAAGGCAAAGGGAAUUGGCAAAUGCCGCUGGUCAACCCGAAUGGGCAAAAUUCGACAAUGUAAAAUCAGAACUGGAAGAAAUUGAAAAAACGUUAGCUGAACAAUUUGGGGAAGAAUUAUCUAACUCGGAGGACGAGGAAGAAGAAGAAGAUAUUAACGAUUUAUACUGUGUAGUUUGUUCCAAACUUUUUAAAACUCCGAAGGCUUUCCAAAAUCACGAAAGCAGUAAAAAGCACAAAGAAAAUGUUGAAAUCAUGAGACAAACGAUGAUUGAAGAAGAUGAAGAUGAAACUGAUUUAGAAGAAGAAGAAAACGAAAGCGAUUUAGUAGAAGAUGAAAACGAAUGCGAUUUAGUAGAAGAUGAAAACGAAUGCGACUUAGGUGAAGAUGAAAAGACGCCAAAUGAGUUAGAAGAAAGUGAUGAGUUGUCGGAUAAAGAAUUAUCGACUAAUAGUAAAAGUAAGAAAAAUAAGAAAAAGCGUGGCAUUAAAGUAGUAUUAGAUGAAGAAAUUGUUGAAGAAUUACCCAUUAAUAUAGAAACUUGUCCUGAUGAAGAUAAUUUUGAUUUCCCUACAAAUAAAAAUCAAAAGAAGAAAAACAAGAGGAAACCGAAAACAAAAAAUACAUCUAACGUUCAGUCGGAAUCGAUGACUGAUACACCUGAUAUUAAAGUUGAAAAUGGGAACAAUAAAACUAAGGAUAAUAGGGUGAAUAAAAAGGAUAAAACCUCGAAUAACAUUCAGGAGUUGGAUCUUGACCAUAAUUGCGUAACUUGCAAAUCAAAUUUUUCUUCAAAAAAUAAAUUAUUUGAUCAUCUUGUGAAAACAGGCCACGGUGUUUAUAUACCUCCCACCGUUAAGAACAAACCUAAGAAAAAAUCGCUUAGAUAAAUAAAUACCUGUUAUUAUAUUAAAUAUUAAAACUAAAUUAUU